AUUUCCUCAUUGAACUACACUUUCGUCCCAGACAGACCCAGCACAACGCUAGUUUCUGCUUGGCCUGCAGCUCACUGAGACGGUUUCGAUGAAGGCAGCGAGAGAAGCUACAGAACCCGGUUCGGACCACGGGGUUCCGAAGGUUCCGGAACGCGCCCGUGGAUAUCCGGAUCACAACAGCAGCGCCAACAGCUCCCGCAGCUCUGCGGCCCUCAUCGACGGCUACGCCCAGGACCUGGCCCGGAGGAUCCUGCAGGGGGCCGGGUCCCAGGGGCCCCCAGAACCUCCCCGGGACAGGGAGAGCCUGGCAGGGCAGCUGGCCUCCAUCACCCUCCAGGCCGCUCUGAAGGAGGCCUCUGAAGGUGGGGGAGCAGAUGGCGAGGAGGAGCCUGGAUGUCCUGGGUAUUCUAUCUCCACCUCCAGGAACCCCCCCUCCUGCUGCCCCUCCCUGCCCCAGAACGGCCUCCCCAACGCUGGAUCCCUGGACUACCCUGACGCCCCCCCGACCACCCCGCUCCUUCCAGAGAUGGUGAAGAGCCGGGACAGCUUCACCCGGAGGCUGAAGGGAGGUCUGGCCAACGAGUUCCUGCCCUCCCCCUCGCCCCCGCCCCCCACCCCCAAGGAGAAGACGAUUGAAGGGCUGGGGUCGGAGAUCGCCGAGGAGCCCAACCAGGACUUUGUGGGGCGUCUUUUGUGCUCGUUGUCGUUAGAGACCUCCGAGAGAGGAAGGGACGUCGUCUGGGAACGAGAUGGUUUUUCAUCAGGCACUGUCCUGGACAGCUACGGGGACAAGCGAGGACCCCUCGACAGGGUCGAGCUCGAGGAGUAUGCGGGGGCUCUCUCCGAUGAGAUCAUCGGCUGGAUGACCAAUCGCCGCCCUUCGCCGAUGGAACUCCGGGAGCGAGGUAGCCGUGACGACGACGGCCUCGGUCUCGCGGCAGGCCGUCUGGCGGAGAGGAUCGUCACGGCCGCCCUCACCGUCGUCACGGAGACGAGCGGCGGGAGGAAGCAGGAAGUACGGACGACAGGAAGCCAGGCGACGAGACCCGGAAGCGAAUCCGCUCCGUCGCGCCACCUCGGCCCUGUGGACGAGGAGACAGAGCCGAAGCCUGGACGCGUCGCCACAGCUUCUGCUGAGGAUCGUGAUCCUCCAGGUGGGGAGAGGCUGAAGGCCUACGCAGGCAGGCUGGUCUUCGAGGCCCUCUCCCAGGCUGCAGCUGAGCUGAAGGGGGCAUAGCUCCACCACAACCUGGUUAAUUUUCCAUUGUUCAACAUUUUUGUAUUCUUCCUGACUGAUUUAUGAUGUGUGAUGUUUCUAUUGUACUACAUAGUGUAUUUGUAGUUUUGGUUUUUCAUUUAUUUGAUUUAUAUUAACGGAUUUCAACUCUUGUUCUCCCGGUCACGACGAAUA